AUGAGCGACAAGGAAAUCAAGGAAGGAGACCAGGGUAAGUGCCUUGUCCAGACCAUUUUGCGCGAAUCUCGCGCAGCUUGCGGUCCAGCGAUCCAACGACACGCGAUUGUCUACGCGACGACAUACACUCCAGGGUGUCGAGUCAUGCUGGCGCGUCAAGAUAUCGAAUUCUCAACUUCUCUCUAUUCCAGUUCUGACUUGAAUGUACCAGUGUCGUGGCAAUGGUCUGGCAGCCGUCCCGGAGGCAAAGUCGCCGAGAUUGCCAAGGAAGGUGAACUCUCAAUCGAGACCAAGAAUGGCAACACGGUCAAGAAGAAUGCCGACCCCGAAGACCCUGCCGUCAAGAUCUCUCGCUCCGGCAACGAUGUCGUAAAGCGUGCUCACGAGCUCGACGUCGACAAGGCUGGCGACAAGCACAAGGAAGACCAGGGCGAGGAGAAGACAGUGACCAAGGACGACAAGAAGGACGACGAUGAGUCCAAGGAGAAGGAUGGCGACAAGAAGGAAGAGGCAGACGAAGAGAAGAAAGAGGACAAAGAGAAGAAAGAAGAGGCCAAGAAGGAGUCAAAGAAGUCGGAUUCGAAGAAGUCGGAUGGCAAAGCCAAGACUGGAGACAAGCGCGAGGCCAAGGACGACGAGGAAGAGAAAGAGGACGAGGAGCCAUCGAAGAAGCAGCAGAAGACGGACGAGGCUGGCGAGGAAAAUGGCGACAAGAAGAAGCGCGGCAGGCCCGCCAAGAACGGAAACGAGGCAUCAUCAUCGUCCAAGCCCAAGAAGGAGCCAAAGAAGGCAGCGACCGAGUCGGGAGAGCCCAGACGCUCGAGCAGACUCAAGUAG